AUGUGUGUCGAAGACAGGAUCAGUAGUUUUCCGGAUCCUAUUCUUUGUCAUAUUUUGUCAUUCCUUCCCAUUAAAGAAGCAGUUCGAACCUCUAUUAUUUCAACCAAGUGGAGAUACCUCUUUGCUUCAAUUUCUACCAUUAAAUUUGAUGGUUAUUCAAUGAGUGGUUUGACUGACAGAAAUAUUGACAACUUCAAGAACUUUGUUGAUAGGUUAUUGAAAUCCCCCGAUCAGGUAAGAUUAGAUUGCUUUAGGCUAAGUCAUGAGAUUUGUUCAUGGAAUGAUGGAGAUCAUGAUUUUGAUAUCUCUGGUUGGAUAUGUGCUGCAUUGUGCCGUGGUGUUAAGGAAAUUGAUUUGCAGUUAAGUUAUCUUGAGGAUAUUUUACCAGCUGUUUUAUUCACUUGCGGCUCACUGGUGACACUGAAAUUGGAUGCAGUAGGUCAUAAGUUUAAGUUCCCAUCUGACGUUUGUUUAGGGAAUCUGAAGACUUUGCACUUUAGAGACUCAUUUUUCGGUGAUUAUUCCAUUCUUAGGUUAAUUUCCAAUUGCCAUGUCUUAGAAGAUUUGGCUUUUAUUGAAUGUGAUUUUUAUAAUACAAGUGUGAUCAAUAUCCAAACUCCUUCGCUUAAGAGAUUUAUUUUAGAUUUUGAUCUCGGAGAAUUUGGAGAUUUAAAGUAUGUGGUGGUGAUUAAUGCUCCAAAUCUUAUUUAUUUUCAAUGUACUGACGCUGUAGCUCAAGGUUAUACUUUGAGUACCAUGAAGUCUCUAGAAAAAGCCCAUAUUAGCAUCUGCGACUGUGAUACCAUUGAUUCUCAAACAAUUGCAACUCAUCUUAUUCAAGUUUGCAAUGUACGGUCUCUACGUUUAACCAUUAAUGAGAUUUUCCGAACAAGUAAACUUCCUAUAUUUCACAACCUUAUUGAAUUCGAAUUUCUUGGUCGUGGUUUUAAUGGGAGAGAAAUUUGGCUCGUGGAGUUUCUACAUCGUAUGCCUAAUCUAAAGACACUUACCCUCAAUUUUCCGGUUGUUGCGGGAACACAAUGGAAGGCUUUAGAAGUUCCUUCUUGUUUGUCAUUUCACCUUAAGGAGAUUGAAAUUUCACGCUUCAACACACACAUGAUUGACAUGGUUAGUUAUUUCUUGGAUAAUGCAAUAAUUCUGGAAAAGCUUAUAAUAAUAGAGUUGCGAAAGCAUUUUGUGAUGGAUUCAAAUAAUGGAUCACCUGCAACGACGAGUGUUAGCAUUGAGGAGAGCUUCAAGUUUAAUGGGAAGGGGACACCUUUGGUUCUACUUCUGGUUGUCAUGCUUGGGUUGAUCAUAUAUGCAACUGUGUAUAAAUGUAAGAGAGGCUGUGCAGAUCUCAAAGUCGAAGCUGAAGUUGAGCUUGGAGAAUGA